AUGGGCGGCCGGACCCAAGGCUUCGUCGCUAACCGGCGGCUCUUGUUGUCCGCCUCAGACGCCUUCGGACGGGUCAUGUACUCGUACAAGGACGUCAGCGAGCUGGCUGGCUACACCGCCCGGGUCUCCGAGCUCUUCGACACCAUGAAAAGCAUCAAGCGAGGCCAGUACGAGAAACACAAAGUGGUGGAGUCGGAGGACGAGAUCAUCUUUGAUUGGGUGCCGAUCAUCUCGCCCAACGGAGACGUGCUAGUGAAAAGUCUGAGUUUCCAUGUGAAGCCGGGGCAACACCUGUUGAUAGUGGGCCCGAACGGGUGCGGGAAGUCGUCGCUGUUCCGGAUCCUGGGCGGAUUAUGGCCGGUGUAUGGGGGCGUGGUGACGAAGCCUGCGGCCUCGGAGUUCACCUACAUCCCCCAGCGCCCGUACCUCUCCCUGGGCACCCUGCGCGACCAGCUCAUCUAUCCCGACUCGCGCGCAGACAUGGCCGCCCGCGGCGUCUCCGACGACGACCUCCUCCGCAUCCUCGCCAUCGUCAACUUGGACACCAUCGUCCAGCGCGAGGGCGGCUGGGACGUUGUCCGGGAAUGGCGAGAUGCACUCAGCGGCGGCGAUAAGCAGCGGCUCGCCAUCUGCAGACUCUACUACCAUUCCCACAAGCACCAGUCGCGAUCCAUCCGGCAGUUCGCGACUGAACUCAGACUUGCCAACCUUGCGAUCUUCAACCCUUCAACAGCGUACUGCAUCCACCGGCGUUUUGUUACGACUCUCGCCGCUUGUGCCUGCUCGUCAAUACCGCCGCCUGGAGAACACGUGUCCACAAACUUGAUUCAUUCGUGCAUUGGUAUGUCUUACGUCCCCGCCCUUUCUUUACUGAUCUCUCAACUAGGACUCUCAUUGCUUGUGUCUGCUCAUUAA